AUGGCGAUGGCGACAUCUUCGCGUCGACGCUCCGGGAGACAGCGUGCCGAACCUGACGUAGAGGCAGAGAUGUCUUCCGGCGAGGAGAUAGUCAUCCCAAACUAUGAACGGCAGACUUACCCGCUGGAUGACGAAGCCAACGUAGAGAUUCAGGAGAUUCUACAGUCGGAGGAAUUUGCCAACUUCGACCUCCAUUUACGGCGCCUCGCAGAAGCUCUGACUAGUACAGCGGGUGAGGUUAAUGAUGCACUGGCCGAUGCGAAGGGGAGAUACGAAAGACAGAAGCGGAAGCGAGAGGAGGAAAAAGCCAAUGAAGACGGUGACGGUGAUGACGACCGAACCGCAGCAGACGACGAGCCGGACGGUAACCACAUCGAGGACUUGGAAAUGAGGGUGGAUGUCACUACGAAAAAAUUGGAGGAGGAGAUGAGACGGCUGGUGGACUCUGAAGGCGGAGCAGUGGAGGAGGUUUUACCGGCAACCGAACAUAUAGGGAAUCAACUGAAGGAGCGGCAGGCCCAAUGGGAAAACCUUUCCCUUACACAACGAUACACAACCAACAAUGCCUACAUUGGUUUUUAUCGCAUUGUGCACGAUUCGAAGCACCUUGGAGACGAUAUCACCCCCCUACCGCACCCUUCAACUUGGUUGAGCCACAUAGAAACCCCGGAAACCGCCGGGUCGUCAUCCCGACCUGCCAGGCAGGAAAGGGGGAGUGCGGCUGGAAAUCCCGAUGAUGACGUUGCUAUCGAGCGGGAACGUCUCUCAAUCCGCUGCCCAAUAACGCUUCUUCCUUUCAAAGAUCCCGUCACCAGCACCAAGUGCCCACACAGUUUCGAGCGCACAGCGAUCGAAGAUAUGAUCAGUCGCAGUACCGAAACUAUGCUCGUACCACUCCCCAACACGAACAAUGGUCGACGGCGGGUCAGGUGCAUAAAGUGUCCCGUCUGUUCUGCUCAGCUUGCUCUUCAAUAUUUACGCCACGAUCCCGUGCUACUAAGAAGAGUUCGACGAGCCCUGGAGACUGCUGCGAUGGAUGAAGAAGAAGCAAAUAACGCAGAAGCUGUUGACGAGGAGGAAGACGAUCAAGACAUGGCUAUUGAUACGAAGGAGAGUAAACCUGUAAAGGUCAAGCUCGAAAAGGUUGAUUCACCGCCUAGGUGGUUAAGUGGAGUCCCGAGCGCAAGGGUUGUGACCAUUGACGAUGACGGGGAUGAGGAGAUGGCUGAUGCCGAAGCGCUGGAAGAAGAAGAGGAGGAAGAGGAAGAGGAAGACGACGAGUGA